AUGCUGAUAUCUAGAGAUAGGCGGGCGGAGAGUUUUCAUGCCUGGAGAACCCUGGCAGCGGCAUAUCCCAAUCCAGAAGAGUUUGGGAGGCGCGAAUACCGAUAUCUCCUGGACAUUAAGCAGCUAUCAGUACCAAUUACUGAGUACUUCAACGGAAUCACGUCCGAAGAAAUAGAGUGGCUUGUUUGCCUGCGAAUCUCCCCAAAGCAGAUGGCAAUAAGCAGCCUUGUCUCGGUACACACGAUACUAAAUCUCGCCGUGCUCGAUCUUUCAGAUGGUCAGGUCACGAUUGACAACAAUCUUUCCAAAUUUGAUGAACGUCUCCUGCGUUCUUGGGCAGAUCUUGCACGGUCGGGAGAGGCUUUUCAGCACCUGCGGGUGAUAUUGUUUGGCUGGCAGGAACAUCUAUCGGACUGGAUCUUCAAAUACACAGAGUUCUUCCCCUCUUUAUGCCAGAUCAUCAUCACCGACUGCCCGAAAAUGCACCAGAAAAACCGAGGAUUGUGGGAACCAACCGCGCAAACCGCAGGGUGGGAAGCUAGGCACGCAAAGAAGAGUGCCAAAAGCCUGCGACCAAUCAUUGGGAGCCAGGACUUUGCUUUUGGCUCGGUGUCAGGCUGCUACCACGACAGUCUGGAGCUGUACAGCCAGUUGGCACACAAGCGUCGGCCCAGCCUUACUGACGGGCGGCCAUUGCUGGAAGUAUGGAUCGCCAAUCCUCGACAGUGGUCGCAUAUUGUUGAUGACUUCCCUUCCACAAGGACGAUUUUCCUGGAGAAUAUCAAGACGCAGAGUUGGAAGGCCAAGGGAGGAUCUUCUUCCAUCAGCAGCAACCGUGAGCCGACGAAGAGGGUCAGAAACCAAGACCCAGGAACCCCAGGAGCCGCAUCGCCUCCUCCAAAGCGAGGGUCGCGAGAAAGGCCUGCGAUGAAGUCGGGUGGGAAGAACAUUACCGAAAUGCUCAAUGAGUUCACGUCAUAG